GCAACUGUAUAUGAGCACGGUGCGAAGUACACAAUUGCCCCCACCCUUUUCAAAUUUCAAAACCCUAGAAACACCACACUACACCGAUUCUCGCAGAGACCAGUAGGAUCCACGGAUGGCUCUGAAAGAUCCUCAAUUCCGGAGCUCCGGGGACCCAAUGGAAGGAUCCGACACGGAAGAACUAGAGGAGUUGGAGGCUGAUGUGAAGGAAAUGGCUCAGAAGGUCCGCCAUUACCGUACAACUCUCCCAGAUCAGCUCAAGGCCACAUUCACUUCGAUUUUAUCUUCUCAGCGACCCCCGUUUCUCGAAUUCGUGUCCGGAUCCGAACCCGAAGCCUCCGGAGAACCUAACCCAGGACAGAGCAGGGUUUUGCUAGCUCAAGGAGAUCAUGAGACUUUAGAGAAAAUACAGUUGCUCAAACAAAAUAUUUCGAGUAACGUCUCUACCAUUCCAGUCCUCUUGAAAAGAUUGAAUGAAUGUAUGUCAAUGGUUGACAAACUUGAUUCGUACAAUGGAAUUAUGCAUCCUGCCUUCAAAAGGAGAAGGACUAGCUGACCUAGUUUAGUUUCACAUUUGCAUUAAUUUUGUUAUUUGGUUCACUCGAAGAAGACCCCCAUAGUGUGUUGGAUGAUUGACUACUUCAAUUUGUACCAUGAAUCUAGGUCUCCAAGGAAAUUCUGAACCAAAAUUAUGUCUCCUGUCCUAGAACUGGAAGCCUUUGUUGUGGCAUAAUAUUGUGUAACAUAACGUGAAAACAUGUGUUCAUAUUUUUUAAAAGUAUUCGAUGAUGCAUUGAAUAUAAUGAGUAGAGAAAGAUGGUAUAUUGCUUGUGUUC